AUGACUCAUAAUCCAAGCACCUCUAACCAAUUUUUGGGCUUCGAUCCUUCGAUGGAGCCGAAUAUAGAAUGGUCCAUGGACGUCGGCAGCUGGGAUUUCACAGAUCUCGGAUCUCACGAAGAGUUCGUUAAUUUUGGGGGAAUGGACAUGGAAAGCUGGGACACAUACAUGUCGCAGUCUGCAGAACUUGAUUGUUGUGUAAAAACAGGCGGUGAAACCGAGAUGGUGAGCUCAGUGAAGACACAGAAUGAGCCCAUGAGUUUCAAUACUCGAAAUGAAAUCGAAGCCAUCCUGAGCCUAGAUUGUCAUCUCUGCAUGCACGCAUUCUCAUGUGAGAAGGAUCGAGAUCGGCACUUCAGGAACAGUCACAGAGAAGAGCGGCCAUUUCGAUGCCCGAAGCCAGAUUGUGAGAAGUCUUACAAGUCGAAGGCUCAUGUCAAUGUCCACGUCCGUAACUCGCACGAUCGGGAGAAGCAAUACGUCUGCGGUCAAUGUAACCGUGGAUUUUUCUGGAGAUGGGAACGAGAUAGGCAUGUAAACGUCCAACACCUUAAAAUCAAGGAAUUCCAAUGCGAGGUCUGUGGUGAGACUUUCGGCCAUAAAUCAAGGCUGAAGUAUCAUGUGCAGAGUAAAGCUGGUUGCAAAGGCUGA